AUGGAGAUUAGGAUUGCCCAACAGUGUGGUGAUCGUAUACACAAGUCUGAGAAGACCCUGUGCCAGCCAGCGGUCAUCAUCGACAACGGGUCUGGCCACGUCAAGGCAGGAGUUGCUGACGAAGAAGUACCACGAUGCGUUUUUCCUGCUGUUGUGGGCAAGCCGAAGCAUGCGGCCAUGAUGCCAGGCAGCGACAAAAAAGACUUUUAUGUUGGCGAGGAAGCUAUGGGUAAACGAGGUGUGCUGUGCUUGUCUUAUCCAAUUGAGCACGGCAUCGUGAAAGAUUGGUCGGAGAUGGAGAAGGUAUGGCAUCACACCUUUUUCGAUGCACUGCGCAUCAAUCCGGAAGAUCAGGCCUGCGUUGUUAGCGAGGCACCAAUGAAUCCCAAAAAGAAUCGAGAAAGGAUGGUCGAGAUGUUGUUCGAAAAGUUUAGUUGUCCCGCAGCGUACAUCGUUAUCCAGGCCGUGAUGUCUUUAUACUCCAGUGGCCGUACAACGGGGACCGUAGUCGACUCUGGCGACGGCGUGACCCACACCGUGCCAGUUUACGAAGGCUUUGCAUUGCCUCACGCCAUUCAGCGGUUAGACCUUGCUGGAAGGGAUCUCUCCGAAUACAUGAUCAAGAUCCUUCACGAAAGUGGCCACAAUAUGACGUCUUCAUCUGAGAAAGACAUCGUCCGAGAGAUGAAGGAGACGACGUGCUAUGUUUGCAAAGGUGACUGGAAGACUGAGAUGCAGUCCGCCAAGGAACAUCCGACAGAAUUUGAGAAGAUCUACAGCCUUCCAGAUGGUCAGAAGGUGGCCCUGGGCUCUGAGCGCUUUCGGGUCCCAGAGGUUAUGUUUGAUCCUAUGAUCGCCGGACGAGAGCUCCCAGGGCUGCAUCAAUCCAUCUAUCGCUGCAUCCAGGACUGCGACAUAGAUCUUCGAAAAGAUCUUCUGAAGAACAUUGUCCUGAGUGGAGGAAACACGAUGUUCCCUGGAAUCGCUGAACGACUGGAGAGCGAGCUGAAGGCUUUGGCCCCGCAGAAAAUCAACGUCAAGGUAGUAGCGAAUCCACAGAGAAGGUACCUUGUUUGGAUGGGUGCGUCCAUUCUAACUCGGCUCUCGAGUUUUCAGAAUCUGUUGAUAACGAAGGCAGAGUACGAUUCGGUGGGGCACUACCAGAAAACCCAAGCGCCUUGGCUUCGCUCUAGUAGCGUUCACCACUUGCCAUUGCCAGCCCGAUUCACGGCGAAGGUGCUGCAAGCAGGGAUGACUUUUCUGCUGGGUACAGCUCCUUCUCUGGCUUUGGCUCCUUUCCUUGAUGCGGCUGAAGGCUCCGUUCUGUCAAUGGCUUGCAAGUCUUGCAGGGCACCGUUUGACAAGGAAUGUUUGUGGGCCGAUCUGAUCGUGAAACAUUUCGAGCCUGCGCUUCAACAUUACUGCCAUGCAGCGUCAGACCUGGAAGUCUCCCAGGCUGUCGGGCCAUGCCAGCAGCACGACGUCACAAGCCGACCAGGAGUAGUUGGACUUCUGGAACAGCUCCGCGAGGGUGGAGCUCGUCAGGCGUACUUGACGCUUGCAUCCACAAAUUGUGAACCCUUCGUUCUGCAGCCUCGGGCACGUCUGAUUCUGGAGAUUCAUGAACUACAUGACUGGAACAGGCAUCAGCGUCGUCUUCUUCACUUGCGCCAGGCAGAGUCUAUCUCGGCGUCGCUAUGUGACCACGCGGCAGGGCAAAGGCUGCGAGAAGCCAUCGUGUCUGAAAGCUUAGAGCUGAUUGCCCUUCAGGCUGUGGUGGCCGGCGGAGGAAAGCUGGCGCGACCUUCAACAAAGCUUCAACAGGGUGUCGAAUGGAACCCUGACAUGGAACAGUCCCUUGUGAAGAUUCUGGAAAGACGUGCUCAACAGCGCCGAAAUUGGUUUCGGAAGCAGCGGGAGUUCUUGCUGCAGGACCUGCGCUGGGAAGAUUGGUCUACCAACUGA